GCGUUUGACCAUUUCAGCUUCGCAGGCCAUGGACGCUCUGCAAUGAAAUCUCCAUCGAAGCUUCAACUAAGCCGACAUCGAUCGCCAUUAGAUAGACCAGUCGUAGACUAAACUAUGCGGAAUCUACGAAUAGUCUCCUCGCGUUUGUCUCGCGUUUUCCAAUCGACCAAUUCAAAUCCUUCUUCCGCUCGAUUCGCUUCGAUCCAAUCGCGGAAGUUCUCUUCGCCGGUUCCGCCGUCGGAGAGAGUAUCCAAAAUCGUCGAUGAGCUCUCGAGUCUCACGCUGUUGGAGACGAUGGACCUGACGGAGGUCCUGAGGCAGAAGCUGGAUGUCGGUGAGAUGCCGGUGAUGGCGAUGAUGAUGCCGGGGAUGGCGUUUCCGGGGGCAGGAGCCGGGAAGGGCGUCGCCGGCGCCGGUGCGAAGGGGCAGGAGAAGAAGGAGGAGGCGAAGACGGUGUUCGACGUGAAGCUCGAAGCCUUCGACGCGGCUUCGAAGAUUAAGGUGAUAAAAGAGGUGAGAGCGGUAACGGAUCUGGGGCUGAAGGAGGCGAAGGAUUUGGUGGAGAAGGCGCCGACGCUGUUGAAGAAGGGAGUCGCAAAGGAUGAAGCGGAAAAGAUCAUAGAGAAGUUGAAGGCCGUUGGGGCCAAAGUUGCUAUGGAGUGAUCAUUAGGCGAUCAUCAAAACAAAAACAAGCUUAUGCAAAUGGAGGCAGAUUAUUUUUUUUCGGUGGUAGAUUGUUAUAAGAUGCAGGUUCUCUUCUUUGGGUCAUUCCCAUUUUCUUGGUUGUAUCUGAUCUCUGCCCAUGACCAUGAAUCAUCAAAGAUUUAAGUUGCAAAAUCCACUUUGGCUUCAAUAAGUUGCAGCCGUUUCUUCA